AUGGACGACGCCCAUGCCCACCCCCAAUCACCGGCGCCCACCCUCCAUGUCCGCUCUCGAUCAAUACCCCCGUCGGUACGCGAGUUCCCUACAAGUCAGACAACUCCCAAGUCUCUCCCUCACACUCGACAGCAGAAGCUACUCCAGACCCGUCAUGCGAAGUUCUCUGGCCAAAGACUUUCACUCAGUGGCAUCAGCGUCCCGUUCCCUCAGGUGAACCGCUCCGCCGAGAACGACUCUCCUUACUUUCCUUCACCACGAUUUAAAAUACGAGAAGAAAAUGGCAGUGACUCGAACGAAUUCGACAAACUGAGCAGUGCAUCCACAGAGUCUGCCAUCUUGGCCGAGAUCUCGAAUGCCAAUACUUGCCGUAUCCGAGGGUUGAAGAAGCGAGCUGCUAUACCCGUUUUUCAGAGUUCACUGGAGAAGCCCACAGUCCGUAACACAGGAGCCAAUACACCCUCAGUCUACCACGACGCCUACAGUGACAUACAUCCUCCCUCGAUUCCCAGUUCUUUGCAAGAAAGUCCGACCACCAUGGGCCUUAGGGAAGUCUCGGUCAACCUUCAGAGGCCUUCACCUCGCAAAGAUUCGCCAUAUUAUCGCCCAGCGCGUCCCGGGUCAAACCGUAAAGUAUCUCAGACAAAACCCAGGUUCAAUUCGGAGGAGUACAUAGACCACAUCGAAAAUGAGUUACAGAUGGUCAAGGACGCCAUGUAUUCACCAACUACUCAUAUGCCAUGGAAAGAAAAGCUGCGAAAAGCAAAAGAAGAGAAUGACCGUCUGAAGAAGGAGAUGGAAGCCAUAAGGGCCUCGUUUGAAUUCGAACUCCAUGAAACGGUCGAACGGUCUGCUGAAACAGAGCUGAAGCUGAAGCGCAGGAUUAAGGAUCUGGAAGACGAGGUCGAACUUAAGAAGUCGAUGAUCCAUGAUCUAGAAUGUGAUCGCGAGGAGAAGAGAUCUGAUCAAAACGCCCUCGACGUCCUAAAGGCGAGAAUUGAGAAACUGGAAGAAGAGAGAUUUAGCCUGGAGUCCACAAAUCGCGAUAUGACAAAACGCAAUGAGGUGUUGACCCAGCUCCUGGCCUUGUCACCGACAAAAUCCCACCCCAACACUGGCAUCCCUACGCCUAGGCGAAAAAGUGGCCGUCCUAUGUCGCUCAUCAUCCCAAGAUUGCCGACAUCUCCAGUACUUGGAACAUCUCAGAGCAGACCCCAAUCUAUCGUUGCGUCUCCAGAACUUGCGACCUCUGACUACUUCGGAGUUCAGCUCCCGUCGUCACCGUUGGCGUCGGGUCCAUUCGAUAUCGCUAUCCACUCCUCAGAAGCUAUGGAUGAGAAGUACUCCAUCGAUUCCGUGCUGGGAGAAUCCGAGCUGCAAGGUGGGGACACGACUGCAUCAAGGCGGCCAACGCUUGUCUCUAGUUCUUCAAACAGCCCUGAUAUGCAUGUUGGUGGUCAUGUUCGUGCAGAAAGUCAGUCGCAGACAGUUCUGCGACAUCCCUCAAGGAGGAGACCUCGGAAAUUUAUGCCUGGCUCUACGCAGCUGAAGCCAUUGCUCUUACCGACGUUCACGGCUGAAAGUGGUCAUCUUCCUUCAACCUCACCCAACACGUCGCCAACUCGAGCACGACCUAUCCACCUUAGCUCUGAGACAAACAGAUCCGAACAAGUUCCAAUUACGCACGUAGUCAUUCCAGACUGCUUGGAGACUCCCUUUCCAAGUCCGGAAAAUGUUGAUGGUCAACCGGGACCAGACUAUCAGAGCCUGGACGAGGUCUUUGCCAGUGACGAGCAAAGUUUCCAGCCGGAGUUUCUCGCAGAGUCCCUUCAUCAACUUUCCUCUUCAAGUCAGAUGGCGCAGUAUCAAACUCCAGUCCCGAACGGCAAAAUUGAGCCGGUCAUGGAACCUUGCUCCAGCCCACAGAUCAGCUCCUGGGUUUCAAAGACAAUGUCUUCGCUGCCUGAGGACGUAGGGCACAACUCCCACCACACUGCCGUUGCCAUUGCUGGGGUAAGGGGUGGAAAGACACCUGAUACAUUGGGAGGUGGCAAGAAUCCCAAGAGGCAGGACGCUGCCUCGGACUUCGAGACCGUGAAUGCACUUAAUUUCCGGGAUAUUGUCGAAAUCCCUCGUCCGUUAUUUUCACGAGAUCGAGGCCGUGAUGGAGGUUACUCCUCUCAAUGCGCUGAAUACCCGGACUCGCCACUAAAUCCUCGAAAGCGGAGAAAAACAAGCUCAAUAUACGAGUCGCACAGCUCAGAAGUUGACGCUCUCAAGCAUGGAUCCCGCAGUACCCAGAUGUGUCCACCAAGUUGCCUUGAAGUCGUCACGCCCAGCUCCGUCAUCGAACACACAUCCAAGAGUUCUAUAAACAAGUGCUCCUCCCUUCCUAAGAAACAAGCGACCGCCCCAACGCGGACUCCUCUUGAGAUGCUGCAGCAUCGCAAUAUGGGUUCGAGACCGCUGGCAGCCUUGACGAUCCAGACGGUUUAUGCGACCUUGUCGAGGUACACUGCAUAUAUCCAGGGCUUCAAACAAGAUCCACUGUCUCUAGCACGACGGGUUAUGGCAAAUGCCUGGCGGUCAAACUGGGCAAUGAUUGGAAAACUGAGUUGGUGGGUGCUUGGAUUGUUCAUUGGCUAUCGGCGGCCAAAGGCUGAUCACCAGGACUGGGACUGGACAAAGUACGAUGGUGAAAGUAUUGCUAACACAUGCUGUCUUCCGGAUGUUGAUCCUCCUCCGAUCAAACCUUCAACCCAGCCUACACGCGAGAUCAGUCCGCACCACUCUAGUCACAAGAUCGAGGCGCCAGAAAGUCAAGCACGGACACCUGUCGCUCCACCGUCGCGUCCGGCGAACGAGCCUAAAAGUGGCUGGGGCCGGUCAUUGUACCUCUGGGGCAAAUUCAGUGUAGCGAUUAUGCUCGCUGUGGGAGGCGCUAUCGUCAAAGGCCCGGCUGAGAUGUUGCGCGACGCUGAUGAGCGUAGGAAAUCUUGGAGUAAUAGCCCUGCUGAAAAUGCGACAGCAAGCUACGAAACUCGGCGCGCCGAAUUCAAUGAAGCAAAUCGAGCGACAGAGGACCUCAGUAACUCGGGCCAAGGGCAUCGGGCCAGCCUGUCGAGGCCCAGUGAGACUGCGGAUGUUGCUCGCAAAGCUCGAAGUUUCAGCUCCCCAGCGAUUUCACCACUGAUGAAUGGUGGUCCAAAUGAGGAUGUAGAGCAUCGAGGCCCAUUGACAGAAGGUUCCUUACACUCGUUCAGCGAACCGACCCUUGGGGAAGACGCGACUUGUUGGAGUGAAGACACCCUAAAACCUGCUAGAAGCGAUCGCAAAGGAGUGGCCAUGGUCUUCCACACACCAGAGCAUGUCAAAUCUGCACCAGACCAAACCGUCGCUACAUCCGUCCAGCCGCCAGGCGAAGCUCAGAUGAAUGGAAAGCAGAGCACAAUGAAUACUUUGGUGCAGCACCUGUGCUGCGAAGGCUCGGAACGCUAA